AUGGAGGCCUCAGUAUGGUAUGACGACCCUGGCUCAGACUGUAGCGGCUCAAGAUCGGCCGGGGGUGGUGGCGGACCUCUAACUGGAAACGAAAGCCUGAACAGGCAGGCCAAGGACUCUGUCCUAGCGGCCACCUCCGACUGCCCAGCACCAGGUGUGUCCGUAACGGUGAACCCUAGCGGCGCGGCCGACGGCAACCACCAGGGGAAGGGUCUCGAUAAUCACCAGCAGGCACACAGGAAAAGAGCGGCAGCACGGCAAGCCUCAUCCACAGCCCGGCCGACUUCGGUAACAGGCAGCGAUUCUAACACUGACGCUCCACUUCUAGAGACGACACCGACUCCGGUCCCCUCAAGGGAGACCACACCUGCACCGAGGCCAGCUGCUUCAGCAAGCAGCAGCCCCUCGGCUAUGCCCUCCCCAUCGACCUUGACGAUAGAGGCAUCUCCCUCUUUUUCAGACGAAAGCAUCGAACCUGCUCCAGCGCUGACCUCCUCUCCCCCCUCUCAGCAGGCAUACGACAACAAUGAGGCAGCACAUGAUAGCACGACGAGCAGCGCGGCCACCCCCUCUCCUGGUGCACCGCUGUCGCCGGCAGCCACCGAGAACGACGACGCCUCCCAGGAAAUCGACCCAUUUUCUCUUGCAGGCCCGAUCGAGAAUGACGGCGUGCUAGCCAAGCACGCCCAACAGUUGAGGCAGCUGCAACGCGAGCCAGUAUCGGACGCUGGAUGGGAGCAGUUCACCGGAAUCCUGGACGACGCCAUACAGGUAGUAUGCGAGGCGGUAAAGCUUCGUGUAGCUUCCGCUAACAGGAAGCCGCGCGGCCCUCUGAAUCCUGAGAAUGCUCAGCAGAUUCAGACACUGUACCGACGCAAUCGCCGACGUGCAGUGAGGCUGAUCGUGGAGGGUGAGUCCCAACUCUGCCCGAUCCCUCUUGACGAGCUGGAGGAACACUUAAGCGAGGCUUGGGGGCCGCGUGAAGCCGACACCGCUCUGCUUCUGAGCAAGCUGAAGCGAAGCGACAUGGCUGAAGUCAGCCUUGCGCAGUUCACUGACGGCGAGGUAGUUUCUCGUCUUCGCAAGAGCGAGAACACCGCCCCCGGAAGUGACCGCCUCACCUACCAACACUGGCGCUCCACUGAUCCCGAAGCUCUUUUUCUCACCGCAGUGUUCAACGUGUGCCUGAAAUACCAGAGGGUACCUGCUGCCUGGAAAGAGUCACGGACUGUACUCAUCCACAAGAAGGGAGACCUCGGGGAUGCUGCGAACUGGCGCCCCAUUACCCUUGGGAGCACGAUUUCGAAACUGUACGCGGGCUGCUUGGCGGCUCGCUUACAGGAAUGGAUGGCCUCCCAAGAAGUGCUCUCCCGUUGUCAGAAGGGGUUCCUGCCGUAUGAUGGUGUGUACGAACACAACUUCGUACUGCAGGAGCGCCUGGACGCGGCGAGAGCUGGCCGUGGGGACCUGUGCGCGGCAUUCCUCGACUUCGCCAACGCGUUUGGAUCUGUUCCCCACAACGCCCUCAUUGAUGCACUGCAUGGCGCUGGUGCGGGUGAUAACUUCUGUGCUAUUAUUGCUGAUAUUUACAGAGACAACAGGACCAGCGUCAUCGCAGAAGCCGGGAUCACCUCACCGAUAGAAAUCUCUGCCGGCAUACGUCAGGGUUGCCCACUGAGCGGCCUCCUGUUCAACCUGGUGCUCGACCCAGUCGUGCGUGCGCUUCAGGGAGGCGACAGGCAGCACAAUGUGCUUGCCUACGCCGACGAUCUAACGCCGCUAGCUGACGAGCCAGGUACACUACAGAGCCGCAUUAACGUAGUGGCAACCCUGUCGAGCCAGCUCGGGCUACGUCUGAACCCCGCGAAGUGCAAGUCACUGCACCUCUCCGGAAAGACACCCGUGGGGACAAGACCUACGACCUUCACGGUCUACGGCACCCCAAUCCCAUCAAUCAGUGACUUCGAGGCACACACCUUCCUCGGGCGACCAGUCGGGUUCUCGGUACUACCGGACCAGGCAACCGUGGACGAAGCCAUCAACGUGGGUCGCCGCCUGCUUACCUCGAUGCUCGCCCCGUGGCAGAGAUUGGACGCCGUUAAAACAUUUGUAUUUCCGGCGCUCAACUUUGCCAUGAGGUGUGGCUCCCUUGGUAAGGCAGAGUGGUCUCGCCUGGACACAACGCUUCGCCCACUCAUCAAGCGGACCCUCUACCUGCCUGCCAACGCUGCUAACGACUACCUAUACGGUAGCUCCGCAGCGGGUGCCAUUUGCAUUCCUGUGGCGGCAGAAGUCAGUGACAUCUGCAGAAUUGACAAUGCUUUCAAACUUCUUUCCUCUGCAGACACUGAAGUCCGGGACCUGGCACUGCAGGCGCUGACCGUCGUGACAUGCAAAAGGUUGAGGCGCAUUGCAGAACCGGGUGACAUGGACGCCUACCUGAGCGGCGAGACUGAGGGUGACUUCCGGGCCACGGCGACGCAGCUCCAGUCCGUGUGGACGGAGGCCCGCAAGGCUUCUCGGCGUCUUGGUGUCACCUGGGAAUUCGAACAAGACGGCCCCCGUAUCUCCAGGGGUGACAUAACACUUGGCCCGAGGAAGCGUACUAAGGUGGUGAAGACACUCAGGACGGCACUGGCAAACGCACGAGAUCACGAUCUCCACCAAAAACCCAGUCAGGGGAAAGUGAUGGAGUGCGUUGCCGCCGACCGGAGCAGUUCCCACUUUGUACGUACCGGCCAAUUCACGAGGUUUGCCGACUGGCGUUUCGUUCACCGGGCCCGACUCAACGUCGUUCCCCUGAACGCAGCGAGGCCAUGGGCUACGGCCGUGGACCAACGGUGUAGGAUUUGUGGCGGUCAACCAGAGACCCUGCCACAUGUCCUGUGUCACUGCAUGACUCACAGUCAAGCAUACACCAACCGCCACAACCAGAUCGUGAACCGAGUGAAAGCCGCUGCCUCCGCCAAGUUCACUGUCACCCACGAGAACGCCUCCCCGCGCUCCCAUUCGCCAGGACAACGGGCUGCUCCGCAGCCUCCGUCCCGCCGAGACACCCGGCACGCCGGAGGGCGCGCAGCACCACUCGAAGAAGGCCCGGCCGCAGCAGGCGCCACACGGCCACCCCGCACAACGCUACGACACACCCGGCACUACCCGACAGUUCGUAAAAAGGCCGCCGUGCACGCCGUGCCCUCCCCGGCAGAAGGACCGCCGCUCGUUGUCUCGGCCGAGCCAGCAGGGGCCAAAGCCCCGCCCUACUCGGCCAGGGGCCGGCUCGUCCAGAGGACAGUGUCGCGACCGGUCCCCCGGCAGACGGCCACGCGCACGCGCGCGAAACAACCCGAAGGCGGCUAA